AUGGUGAGUGAGAAUGAGGAGCAGAAUUCUCCGCAGAAAGAUGCUGAGCAAGUGGAACCACACAGAGCAUUAACGCAGACAUCCGAAGGGAAUGUCUCCAGGAGUCAUGAGCAGGGAACAGCCUGUGAGAUUCAGCAGACACCAGAGAGAGAGCAGGGAAACCAGCCAGGGGAGAAAUUGGAUAAAUUCAUUUGCUCUCGGGGAACUCACAAGGACCUCAAGGAAACCACAGCCCAGCAGAAAAUCCUCAGGGGUCAGAGAAAAAAUACAUCCACUGAGUGUGGGAAAAGCUUUAGGGACCACUCAGUCCUUCUUGCACAUCAGAGAAUACACAGAGGAGACAGACCCUAUGUAUGCUGUGAGUGCGGGAAAACCUUCAUUCGGCGCGCUCACCUUCUUACACAUCAGAGAAUCCACACAGGGGAGAAACGCUAUGCAUGCUGUGAGUGCGGGAAAAGCUUCACUGAUCUCUCAUCCCUUAUCUCUCAUCAGAGAGUCCACACGGGAGAGAAACCCUAUGAAUGCUGGGAGUGCGGGAAAAGCUUCUCUCAGAGCUCAACUCUCAUUACACAUCACAGAAUUCACACAGGACAAAGACCCUACGAAUGCUGUGAGUGCGGAAAAACCUUCACUCAGAGCUCACACCUUACUAUACAUCAGAAAAUCCACACAGGAGAGAAACCCUAUGUAUGCUGUGAAUGUAGGAAAAGCUUCACUCUGAGGUCGCACCUCAUUCGGCAUCAAAGAAUCCACACGGGAGAGAAACCCUUUGAAUGCUGUGAGUGUGGGAAAAACUUCACUCUGAGCUCAGACCUUACUACGCAUCAGAGAAUCCAUACGGGAGAGAGACCUUAUGCAUGCUCUGAGUACUCGCCUGACAACCUUUUGGUUUCCCCGGGAGGAGCCACGGAUGUCUUAGAAAUCCGGCAGGUUUGCUUGUUGCUGGUUAUGCUGUUUGCUCUCAACAUGAGCCUGUGA